AUGGCUCGGGUACCUACAACAAACCGUCUCGGGCCAGGCCUGAGUCUUGUCAGACGCCCCAAUUAUGAAAAUCGUUCGGGCCAAUCUUCGCCUGUCGUACGACCAAUUCAGAGACAAAGAGAACUUGGACUUUACAGAAAUCAACCAGGUGAUCCUCCCACUCGGACUACACAGAGCACUGUACGCAAGCGUAGAUAUCGUCCCGGAAUGAAAGCACUCCGUGAUAUCAGACAAUUUCAGAAAAGCACAGAACUUUUGAUCCGAAAACUUCCAUUUGCUCGACUAGUCAAAGAGAUCGCCGAAGAAUUCAUCGGCGCAAAUUACGGUAUAAGGUGGCAGUCCCAUGCCGUUUUAGCACUUCAAGAAGCAUGCGAGGCGUUCUUGGUUCAUCUCUUGGAAGACACAAAUUUGUGUGCAAUACACGCCAAGCGUGUGACCAUCAUGCAAAAAGACAUCCAGCUCGCUCGCCGUAUUAGGGGCCAGUGGUAA